UGUUCGAACACGUUCAGUUCACGUUUAAUCCCGCGACUCGCGACAGUCUAGCGUUAGAUCCUCGAUCUUCGAUCCCAGAUCUCAGUCAGAUUUAAACGUGCAGAUAAUGAAUCUCCGAAAUCUAGAUCCUUAAUUACACUCAUUACAUCUCAGUAAAGUGACACAUAAUUUAAAUAAAUAAACAAAAACUCAGUGCGUCAUAAACAAAAAUAGUUUCCCUAAAAGUGUUGAAUUAAAUGCAAAUGCAAUCGGCGUUAAUUGACGUCAAAACCCGCUUAUGGUCCGAUAGCCUUCGAUAUUUAUUUUUUAUAAAUAAUUACUAUCCAUUUAUUAAACAUGGAUCUUAAAUCAUUUAUUACCAUUUCCACUAAUUUAUUAAAAAAAUCUUUUUUUUAAUGAGUGGUAAUGAUUAUUAAUUCAGUGGCUUUUAUCACUCCUGCAAAUGCAGCAGACGAAAUAUUAUCAUGCAAUCAUGAUUCUGAUUGUUCAGUUCACCAAUACUGUUAUCAAGUAUCAAACCAAUGUGUUAACUAUACAUCAUGUAUAAGAUGGAAUCGUUUAGAAGGAAAAAAACAAGCGCAAUCAGCAUCACAAUGUGGUCCAUGUAUCCCUGGAUAUCAAGCUGAAAUUUUAGUUACUGGAAUACCUGAAGCAUUCUGCAAAAAAGUAACUCAUAUCAAAAAAGAGACAACUGAUGUACCAUAUUCUAAUAAUGGAAAAUUAUCAAUAUGGAUAUAUAUAGCUGUGGGAAUAAUACUAUUGUUAUUGGUAGUAUUAUUUUCAAUUUUAUUAGUCAAGAAAAGAGGAUAUAUUCAUGGAAAUAAAAAAUGGUUUAGACAAAUAGGUAGUUGGAAUUUUUCACCUACUGCUCCACCACCUGAUGGCGCAAUAUAUUUGCCAACAACAUAUUACGCUGACGAUGAGCCGCCAAUUUACUCAUCUGUAAUGAAUAACAACAAUAAUAAUAAAGAUAAAAAUCGUUUAGUUCGUGCAGUUCCUUGUCAUCCUCCAGAUUGGGUUGACAAUGAUCCAAAUUAUGGUCAUGAUGAUCCAGAUACUUCAGCUAAUACGACGACAUCAACUACAACAAAUGUAUUUGCGUCUUUGCAAGUUGAAGAUGAAGACACGACACCAAGUGUUUGGACACCCGAAGAAGUAACUGUACAAGUACCAGCGCGUGCAUUUCAUCAGUUUGGUACCGAACAACGUGAUAACGUUCUAAAUACCGUAUUGGUACGUGGUGAAUGUUUAUCAAAUUCCGAAACAUCUGAAGAAACCGGACCAACACCAAGUGCUCAGACCAGUAACUCACGUAAUAAUAAUGACAAUUACCGCGGACCAAGUGUUCAAAUAAAUCAAAUGAUAACUCUCAACAUGGUUAAUAAUGAUAAUUAACCUUAUUAUCAUAUAUUUAAUACAAUUUAAAUUAAUGAAAUUUUUUUUUUAUCAUAUUUUUUCCCAUAGACUUUUGUACUGCCAUAUAUAAUUAUUCAACGCUGCCAUAUGCAUUUAUUAUAGUUAUUAUUGUUAUUAUUUUGGCUCAAUUUUUAAAAAAUUUAAGUGUUUUUUUUUUUAUACAAGAAAAAAAAUUGCUCAAUAUUUUUCCGUGUCGGUGUAAAUUUGUUUGUUCUUUCACUCGGGGAUGUCUUAAUUUUUUAUUUGUAUUUUUAAUUAAUUAAUUAGUAGUUUAAUUAAUUAAUGACCAAGUUAUUAUUAUGAGUAUUUUUACUUAUUAUUAUUAUUACUAUUAUAAUUACUAUGAUAAUCAAAUAAUUUAAUUAAUCUCAGAUAGAAAAAAUAAUUAUAUGAGUUAUAGAUUAUAUAAAUUUGCUGAUUGUCAGUUAAAAUUAAAUUUUGUAUUCUGGACCCUUAUUACCCUGGUUACUCUAAUUGAUAAAAAAAAUUUUAAAGCGCGGAAAUUUAUAGAAAAUUAGAAGAGCUUUCAAACAAAUACCAACAUGAUAUACUUAUUUUAAUUACCGACAAAGAUGUACAUAUAUUUUUAAUUUGAAUGCCUUGAGAUAUAUGUGCUUUAUUAAAAUAUUCAAGAUAUGUAUGGGUUGUUGGUACUCAUUUGAAAGGGCUUGUAAUUUCUCAUUCAUAAUUGAAAAAAAAAAAAAAAUUUGUUUUAAUUUAAAAAAUUUUAAUUUUGAUAAUUUUAAAAACAAUCAAAAAUUUUAUUUUGUUAAUAUUUUUUUGCACAGAGGAUUUUAAGCCCUUUCAAAUGAGUACCAACAAGCACCACUUAUUUCAUACUUAAAAUUCACUCAUAUAUUUGAUAAAUAAAAAUAUAAACAUCUCUUAAAAUAAUGAAAAUAAGUAUGUCAUGUUUAUACUCGUUUUAAAGCUCAUGUAAUUUCCUUUUUA